AUGGUGACACGUGCAAGUACUCCCAUCUCGAGGAUAUCACGGAGGCCGCGGUUGCUGCGGAGCACGAUCGCCUGUCUCGUUUAUGCCCGGGUCUUGCUUCGGCAACGUCGUUGGCUACUUCUCUUUGGAGUGAGCGUGCUGCUGGUCGGAAUGCGAUCGAGAUUCAUGCACUUCUUCACGAUAGCGCUGAUAUGCGUGAAUGUGGCGGUGGUCCCGCAUGUGUUGAGCUACGUCCUGAUUGUCGUGCGGACUUUCUCCCUGAAAGCGCUGAUCUCGGUGAACAAGGUGGUGCUCCAGCGUUUGCCGUGUACCCUCCUGGUGCCCGUGCUGCUGUUCUUCCUGAAAACGAUGAACUACAUGAUUGCGGAAGUGAUCCCGCCGCUGGUGCUCUUCUUCCUGAUGCCGACCUCCCGCCUGACAGCGCUGAUCUACAUGAUAGUGGUGGCGCCUCUGCCACCGUCGGCCUUCCUCGGGAUGCACGAGCCGCCCCCCUGCCUGACGGAGACGCUCUGCAUGACUCUAAUGGCGAUCCCGCCAGUGCUGAACUACCCCCUGGUGCUCGUGCCGUCCGUCUUCCUGACCGCGUUGCUAUGCACUCUGGCAUCGAUUACACCAAAUUCGAUCAUAUCAAGGACUCUGACGAUGAGUGCGAGAAGUCGGAGGCCUCCCUCGACGAGUUGUUCUUGUCUACGCCUGCCUGCGGCUGCUGCGCCGCACCCAUGA